CGAGGGCGUACAUGUGUGAAAAUGAAAGGAUUGGGACACAAGCGGUGUGCUUGCUGUGUGUCUCUCGCUAUCGGUCUCCAGCACUGCGCCCGCCGCCUCAGGUAGGGCUCGUAAGUGGGAAGAUGGCGACGGAGAAACAUAAACAUGAAGGCAGAGUGAAAAUCGGACAUUACAUUCUCGGAGACACUCUAGGAGUGGGGACAUUUGGGAAAGUUAAAGUGGGCCAGCAUGAAUUGACCAAGCAUCAGGUAGCCGUGAAGAUCCUGAACAGGCAGAAGAUCCGCAGUCUGGAUGUAGUGGGCAAGAUUCGCCGUGAGAUUCAGAACCUCAAGCUCUUCAGACACCCACACAUAAUUAAACUGUACCAGGUGAUUUGCACACCGACGGACAUAUUUAUGGUUAUGGAAUAUGUGUCUGGGGGAGAGCUCUUUGACUAUAUUUGCAAAAAUGGAAAGCUCGAUGAAAAGGAGAGCCGACGUCUGUUCCAGCAGAUAAUUUCAGCAGUGGACUACUGCCACAGACACAUGGUGGUACACCGAGACCUCAAGCCAGAGAAUGUCCUCCUGGAUGCUCAUAUGAAUGCUAAAAUCGCCGACUUUGGACUGUCAAAUAUGAUGUCGGAUGGGGAGUUCUUGCGUACCAGUUGUGGCUCCCCUAAUUACGCAGCUCCUGAAGUCAUCUCAGGGAGGCUGUAUGCAGGACCUGAGGUGGAUAUCUGGAGCAGUGGAGUGAUCCUGUAUGCUCUGCUGUGCGGGACGCUGCCCUUCGAUGAUGACCACGUGCCAACGCUCUUCAAGAAGAUCUGUGAUGGCAUCUUCUUCACCCCACAGUACUUGAACCCUUCAGUUAUCAGCCUUCUCAAGCACAUGCUGCAGGUGGACCCUAUGAAAAGAGCCACCAUUAAAGAGAUCCGGGAGGACGAGUGGUUCAAACAGGAGCUACCCAAGUAUCUAUUUCCAGAGGAUGCUUCGUACAGUACCACUAUGAUUGACGAAGAAGCGCUGAAGGAGGUCUGUGAGAAGUUUGAGUGCACAGAGGAGGAGGUGCUCAGCUGCCUUUACAGUCAGAAAAACCAGGACCCUCUUGCGGUUGCCUACCAUCUGAUCAUAGAUAACCGGCGAAUUAUGAGUGAAGCCAAAGACUUCUACCUGGCCACAAGUCCUCCUGACUCCUUCCUUGAUGAUUUGCCUGCUCACCACUUUGCCAAGCCUCACCCGGAGCGAGUGCCAUUCCUGGUGGCUGAAGCUCAACCACCGCGAUCCCGUCAUACUCUAGAUGAACUCAACCCCCAAAAGUCCAAGCACCUGGGUGUUCGCCGUGCUAAGUGGCACUUAGGCAUCCGCAGCCAGAGCAGGCCUAAUGAUAUCAUGAGCGAAGUAUGCCGGGCCAUGAAGCAGCUUGACUACGAGUGGAAGGUUGUUAAUCCCUAUUAUCUACGCGUGCGGAGGAAGAACCCAGUUACAGGCCUGCAAACCAAGAUGAGCCUGCAGCUUUACCAAGUGGACAGCAGGACCUAUCUACUGGACUUCAGGAGCAUAGAUGACGAUAUUUUGGAGACGAAGUCAGGUACUGCCACGCCACAUCGCUCUGGCUCGGUUGGCAACUACCGGACUACCCUAAAGAACGAUAAGAGCGAGAGGAAUGGAUCGGAAGAGGGGAUAAAGGGUGAAAGCUCAGCCCCCUCCACACCCCCAGUGGGUGGGGCUAGACAGGCCGAGGGCUCUCUCGCUUCUUCACUGACAUCCUCAGUUGACUCGGCAGGGGGAGAGACAUGCCCACGGCCCGGCAGUCACACCAUCGAGUUCUUCGAGAUGUGUGCUAACCUCAUCAAGCUGCUGGCACGAUAACUUGCCGUUGCUCUCAUGCCUUUUUUUCUCACUUUCCUCUUUUGUCUUUCUGCCCCUCUUUUACUUCUUGGGCUUUCUACCUCUUUGUCUUUCCAUCUCCACCAGACUCUUUUUCUUUUCUCUCUCUCUCUCUCUCUCUCUCUCUCUCUCUCUCUCUCUCUCUCUCUCUCUCUCUCUCUCUCCCCCCCCCUCCCCCUCCUUCUUGCUCGCUCUCUCUCUCUCUCUCUCUCUCUCUCUCUCUCUCUCUCUCUCUCUCUCUCUCUCUCUCUUUCUCUCUCUGAGUGUCUUUAGAGCAAUAAGCAUGCAAGCAGACGUCUCACGGCUCCAUGAAUCCCACACGCACAAACAAGCUGACUGGUCUGUGGUAUUGCUACGGUCCGUUUGUUUGGUUGGUGGAUGAGGAGGUGAAGGUAGAGAAAUGGAAUGCAUGUUUUUCAUGCCACAGGCAAGAAGUCCAAAAGAUUGUCUAGCCACUUUAUACUAACUAUAGAAUAUUCUUUUAGAGCUGGUUUUACAAUUGUUUAUCGAUGGGCAUGUUGGCCCGUGGUUGAGGUGUUGAAAUGUCUGCACGCUGAAUUGUUAUACACUGAGCUAGCUGUACUGUAUAUAAGGGCACCACAAAGAGAGAGCGAAUGAGGCAGAAUGCAGUUUUGCACAGGUUUUUCUUCACAUGCUUCUGCUGACGGCCAAUGUUAUAAAGAAGCAAGUAAUUCCAGGAAGGGGCCAUCUUAAUGAAUGAACAUGUAAUGACAAGGGCCAACUUUGAUCCAGUGGGUAGUGGGUAAUGUAGGGGUUCAUUAAUGAGUGGGCCAGUUUUAACUUGUUCUUUCUAAGGAAGUGCAAUGACCCUUCCUCUAACCAUUUUCAUAGAUAAGAAAAUAAAAUGUCUUUUUUUUGAUGUAAACUUCAUUGAUUUUUUUAAGUUCAGAUUUUUUUUUUCCUCUUCACGUCAUAUUAGACUUCUGUGCAUUGCUCUUAUUUUACACACAGAUAUAAGUAUAUACAGAAUAAAAAAGGCAUUUGAAUAUAUAUUUAUCAGUGCUUUAUGGGAUGGUAUUUUUUAUUGAAAUGAUAAUGGACUGAAAGAUUCCUUUUAACAGGUGGUUGUUGAUUACAAUUUUUUUGUGAUGUUUUAUUUCAUACACUGCUUCAUCUAUUUUAAAAACAAAAUUUUAAUUGUAGAUGUUUUACAAAAACUUGAACAGCUUGAAAAAUAAUUACAUAUGAAAUUGACUGAAUUCAGCUUCUACUUUCAACCAAGGACCCCCAGAGACUAAAAUAUGUAUUAAAGAGGAAAUUGUUGGAAAAAUGUUCUUUUGAGGAAAUAGAAUGGACUUCUGACUUGACUGCUUUAAAUUGCUUUGUUAAAAGUAUUGGUACAGAAUUUAAAAUUGUAUGCCUAGGAGCGAUUUCAGCCAUAUCCAUCAACACGAAACUCGGAGGGAAAAUGUAGAAAUGAUAGACUGGUGUGUUUACACCCAAGAUUAGUCAGUUGCUGGUGGGAGGUCCAUGCUGACUAUAGUACUUAUACAGUGCCAGAACAAAAGUAUCUUUGAGAAUGUUUAAUGCAAAAUAUACUGCAUUACUGAUUUAACCAUAACUGAAAACGUGAGCAGCUAUGGUCUGUAUUUAUUUCUGUGUGACAGUGCAAAUAUAGAUUUUGGUGUUUUUAAAAUUGGAGAAAGCACAUUCCGUGUGUCUGUUCUUGCUGAAGUGCCCUAAGGAUAAGUAAAUAAAAAAUAUAUAUUUAAAAAAAUGUACAUAGAGUUUGGGCCUAUAGAUUUCAAAAAUUGAGUAUUUUGUGGUGAUUCCUGAUCUUGUUGUGCUCUAUUGUCCGAUCAUUAAACUUAUUUUCCAAGAUCUAGUAAUUCACAUAAGUUAUACAGUCCUUCAAACUCAGAACAGUAUCAUUUAAAAUAUAAUGCCAUGAAAAGCUGGUAUUUAUCGUUGUAGGUUUUAUUCAAAGCAUUAUACCUCAUUUCAGACUUUCCCUAUUAGUAAAUUUUUUUUUAUUCUCUAUUUCUAAAGCAGUAUAGUGCAGUAUGGAUCACUGUAUUUCCCAGCCUUAGGAAUAUCUGAAAAAUCUAAAAUAUACUAAACGCUGAUAUACAAUCGAUAACGACACACACAAAGUAUUUAAAUUCCUUCCAAUCAAGGUUUUUUUUUCUUUUUUUCUUUUUCUGUUCCUGUCUCAAACAUGUAUUAAUUUGUUACAGUCAGGUGUCUGAAGGGACGUUCAGCCCUAAUAUAAUCCAUUCGGCUUUUAUCCAUAAUUUUUAUUAUAAUAAUUUAGAACUUUUAAUAGGCACAUAUCUAUCCCAGUGGAUCUGUAUUUCAGCAGUGACAUGAAAGCGCCUCAUGGUGGUACACUGCGACUGUGCUGCAAUCUCACUUUAAUAUCACUAUUAUUGGGUUUCAUUGUCUCAAAGCUUAAAAAGUUGCAUGAUCCCAAAGUUAGGUGGCAUGUCGUGAUUUUUCAUUAUAAUUUUUUUUGUAGGUUUUUUUGAAGUUAUAUUUCCAUAUUAUUUGAACUCCUUGCACUGAAAAUCAAUCAUGAAAAUUCAUGCGAGACAUGAUCUGCAGCCAUAAAAGACAAAUCUAAACUAGCCUGUAAGAUUUUAUUUUGGUCAUUUGUAACAUCAUAAACAAUUCAUCCUUGUUUUUGCAAAGGGAGAAUCAUACCGUCUGAUUAGGGUCUGUGUUAUGAUUUCUGAUGUAGCAGAUUUUUCCACAUGCUGUGUUUACUAUCUGCUGCAGUACUCAGGUGGGGAACAUCUGGUGGCUUUGUCUUAACUGCUUCAAAGACACUGUUAAAAAUAAGAUUGCUUGUUUUGGGAAGUGAGGUUGGCCAGUGUCAAAUUCCUGAUUGUAUUUAAAGGACAUUUUCCAUUCAUUUGCCUAAUAAAGUCCUAAAUGGCA